GCGAAGAAAUGGGUCUAAUGUUAUUAAAUGGUAGAUGCAAGGGUGAUGAAGAGGGAAAGAUAACAUAUGUUGGGUGUGAUAAGCAAUCCAAAGGAUCGGUGUUGGACCUAGUAAUGAUCGUUGAUCGCGGUGAUGAAGAUAUAGUGAAAAGAUUAUGUGUUGUUACACGCACUGAGUCUGAUCAUCUGCCGGUUACCUUUGAACUAGGGGCAAUUAUGGAAAAAGAACAGAGCAUUGAAUUUUUGAGGAGUGGACUGUGCAUUUUAGCACUCUUCUUAACAAGAAUGUCGAAGAAAAGGAAAAAAAGCGAAGUAAUGUGGAACAGUGGAGCAGCAAAUGCGGCAUGGGGCCUGAUAAAAAGAGCUGGACGAGACAUGAGAAAAGAUAGAGUCGGUCUAAUGAAUUCGUUGGUGAGAUCAGUUGCACUAUAUGGUGUAGAAGUUUGGGGGUGGGACAAUGUAGAUAAUAUGGUGAAGAUGCAGGGGAGAUAUGUAAAAAUGGCUUUAGGUGUCGCUAGAAACACCCCGAUGUACAUAUGGAGAGGUGAAAUGGGAGUGGAGAGUAUUCAAUAUACCAUUAGGAAAAGAGCGAUCAGCUAUGUGAAGGACAUCCUAAACAUGGAAGAAGACAGGUGGCCGCGAAUAUGCCUGACUGAAGAGAUGAGAGCUGUGCUAAAUGGCAACCCAUCAAAGUGGGGUGCUCAGAUGGCGGGAAUCCUACAGAACUGGAAAGCAGAAGAAGUUUGUGAGUGGAUUUGGAAGGGUGGCAGAGAUGAGGAAGUUCAUAUUAAGCUCAUGGAAAGUCUAAGCAACUGGUGGGAAAAAGAGUUGGAGGCGGAAUGGAGCAAAAUAGUAGAAUCAAAGUAUAACAGUCUGUAUAAAGAGAUCCUACCGGGUGCAAAUGGAGCAGCGUACUUGAGGAUGAAAGUUAAGCGGAAAAUGGACAAAGAAACAUGGGCAAGAAUUAGAUGUGGAAACGUAGGCAGGGCUGGCAAAAAGGGAUAUAAAGAUUGGAGCUGUAGACUAUGUGGGGGAGGGGAGGAAACUUUAGCACACAUCUGCACCUGUAGUGAAGCUUGGAGACUACAAACAGAUGAAACCAAAAGUUUUAUGGAAAUAUGGAAAGGUAAUCGGAUAGAAAGUGAGAUGCGUAGUUUGCUUGUAAAAACACUGAGAGGUGAAAUAAUUGAAGAAUUAUGUACGUUUAUAAGAAUCAGAGGGAGAGAUCAAUUGACACGCACCAGUCAGGCCGCUAGACCACCGGGUCUCCUUAAGCACAACAGACACCAUGGC